AGGCGUUGGUGGGGAUUCGGCCGAAGAUGCGUUGCACUCACUUCGGCAGCAUCAUUACCAGCUCGCCGGAGGAAAUACCGCAAAAAUAAGACACGGGGAGACGAAGCGGCGGGGUUUGCGGCUCUUGUGUCGCCGGAGAAGCGCAGGGACGACAUGGGCGACCAGAAGGAAUCUCUCCGUAAGAUCACGCACACACUGGCAGUGAAAAAUGAAGAAAUUUCUAACUUCGUCUGCUCUCUCAAGCAAAACCUUGAAAAUCUAGAGGCAAACUCAAACCGUGUCCAGGAGGAUCUUGAGUCAGAGUUUAAUGCACUUCAUGCAGUACUGGACGAAAUGAAAGAAAAUAUGCUCACACGCAUCAAACAGGAGCGGGCCAGUCGCACAUAUGAGCUGCAGAGUCAGCUCAGUGCCUGCUCUAAAGCGCUGGAGAGUUCAGAGGAGCUGCUUGAACUGGCCAAUCAGACGCUCUGCUCCUCUGAGACCGAUGGCUUCACUCAGGCGGCCAAAGAGAUUAAGGAUAGUGUGACAAUGGCCCCAGCCUUUCGCCUCUCCCUCAAGGCAAAGGCCAGUGACAACAUGAGUCACCUGAUGGUGGAUUUCAGCCAGGAACGAGAGUUGCUGCAGGGCCUCAAGUUUCUACCAGUCCCUGCCACUCCGGAGAUCCAGGUAUCUGAGUGCCAGGUGUGUGAUAACACAGUGACUGUGGUGUGGAGCAUGCCUGAGCCAGACAGUAAGAUUGACCACUACAUUCUGGAGCACAGACGCACGAACCACGAGGGCCCGCCCCGGGUCAGGGAGGACUACCCCUGGAUGGUGGUGGAGGGAAUCAAGGAGACAGAGCACACUAUCACAGGUCUUCGUUUUGAAACACGAUUCAUGACAUUCAGAGUGAAGGCGUGUAACAAGGCUGUGGCAGGAGAAUUCUCAGAGCCAGUCACAUUAGAAACCCCAGCAUUUACAUUCAAACUGGACUCGGGCUCAUCUCACCAGAACCUGAAAGUGGAGGACCUGAGUGUAGAGUGGGACAGCAGUGGAGGAAAGAUACAGGACAUCCGCAAAGACAAGAACAAAAACUCCCCCAUGCACUCUCCAGCCAGGUCAGCUUUGAUGUCACCAAAGAGAGCCCCCUCGGCCCGGCCUGGAAGGGAUAGGUUCACUGCAGAGUCCUAUACAGUCCUAGCGGAUACAUUAAUCGAUGCUGGGCAGCACUACUGGGAGGUGCGUUUCGAUAAAGAGAGUAAAACCUUUGCGGUGGGAGUGGCUUUGAGGAGUUUGGGGAAGUUCGAUCAGCUGGGUAAAACAGGAGCGUCAUGGUGCAUCCAUUUGAACAACUGGCUGCAGCAGAGUCUGACCGCGAAGCACAACAACAAGGCCCGCACUCUGGACUGUGUCAUCCCCAACAGCAUUGGAGUCUACUGUAACUAUGAUGAAGGUGUCCUGUCGUUCUACAAUGCUAAAACAAAGCAGCUGAUGCACUCUUUUAAAACCAAGUUUCCACAGCCUAUUAUACCUGCCUUCAUGGUGUGGAAUGGGAGCUUCUCUGUGGUGACCGGUCUGCAGGUGCCCUCGGUGGUACAGAGCGGACAGAGGAAGAACAGUAACACAAGCAGCUCCAACGCCAGCCUCACAUAAGAUCCCACAGUAACUGACCGUUCACGUGAACACAGCAGACCACCUGGAGCCAUAUCAUAGAGUUAGUCACUGACACGCGAAUGUUCAGCCAAGCACAGCGUUUGUGUGAGUGGAAGAAAAACAGGGUAACAUUUUAGAAUAACUCGCACUAAAAUCAUUUAUAUCCAGUUGUUUUAUUUACAAUGCAGCAGACUUAAUGUCCCGUAAUCCCAGUCCUUGGUCCAGUCUGAGUGAGCUCUGGGUGUCUUGCCAAUGUCUUCCUUCCGUCCAAAAACUUUUGUUGGCCUGAAUCAAGUGUGAUUUUUCUGACAAGUAGUUGUUUUUAAAUUUAGGAUUAAUUUCACAGUAUGCUGAACUAGUAAUUACUUUCAGAUCGUAAUUGCAGAGUUCUGUGUGAAAGGGUUUGCAGGUUUUAAAUUAAGACAGGAUUGUUUUGUUUGCUUAGGAAAUUUAACUACUUAAUAAUGUCUUUGGGAUUUGCUAAUUUCAAUCAUUUAAGCUUCCAUUUUGAUUUGGCAGCUUUUAAUAGUGUAUUCCUUAGUGAGUGCAUUUAACAGUGAACAAUUGUUUUUAAUCUCUGCCAGUGACCUGAUUGCACCUGUUGGCUGGGAGUCUUUUCACCCCGUCCCCAUAUUUAUUCACCCUUUAUAACUGUUUUAUAGUUGUUGCGAGUUAUUCUAAAGUGAUAUCUGAAACAGCAGGAUUUCGCUCUAUGCUGUAGUUCUUCUUAUAUGACUGACUGAUGCAGUUUGCGUGGAGCACAUUAGUUUUAAAUUUUCCACAUCAUUGUCACUGUAACUCUGCCGCUUUUGCAGAGACUUGGCGCUGGCCGCUUCCUCCAUAUUUGUUUGCAGCCAUAUUGUCCUGAAAGGUGAAAGGUCAUCCCAGUCCUGUCUAAUGCUGUUCCCUGUGCCUUCCUUAUCAUCUCCACACUGAGGCCAAAUCAAGUGUUUAAAUAUUUUGCACUGCUAGAUGUGGGCUCUAAUCUUUAUCAUUUAUUUAAUAUAAUUGUGCUUGUUGCACUAUUCCUAAUCAUAUCACAUAUUUUCUGCUUACUGUCAUGAGCAGUAAAAAUGUAACUCAAACAACUGCGAUUAUACAAGUAUAUUACAAAAAUAAAUCUAUAAUAAUGAUUUAUAUAAUUGAAAGAAAAACACAACAUGACGUACCAACAUUGUGUUCACUUAUUAUGAUCCACUUAUUUUUGAGGGACAUCAGUGAAAGUUUAACCCAACUCAAGUUUGCCAUAGUUUAUUUACUUUCAUCUUGCUAUAAUAAGAGCUAAAAAUCUAUAAGGUGCAAGUUACUUUACAAAAAACAAACAAAAACACAAUAUCUUUGAACCGAGCAAUUAACAUCAUGGCAAGUCAAUAACUGGAGUUGUUAAAGACACUGACACAAAAAGACACAAAAAACUGUAAAGGUAAAAAGUCUAGACGGUACAUUAUUUUUUAAAGGUGGAUUUUACUUUACUUUUCUGCUGGAAUAGUUCUCCACAUGUUUUUCUCCAUGGAGAUGUUAUUGUGUCGCCAAGAAUGUUCCACUGUGUGGCAUUAGACGUCUAGCUUUCAAUUACAUAAAAGAAAAUAACUUGAGAAACAUGCAUUGUUACAGUGAGUGGGUUUACCUCUCCACAGACCUGCUUUGGCUUAAUGGCGCCACCUGCUUGUCCUCAUGGAGGACAAGCAGGUGGUUUAAUGCCUUACUGUGGAACAUUCAAGGCUAAGCAAUGCUGUCCAUGGAGACAACUAGAUGGCGGACCCUCCUCAAAAAAUUUACAUAAUGCACCUUUAAAACAACUAUUCCUAUUCUUGUGUAAUAAACCAGUACAAUAUAAAAGAAUAUACACAUUUAUCUGUGAAUAUUGAUCCUGUAGAACUUUUGGUGAAAGAAAACUCUUAUGUUUUAUGGUACCUGCACCUUUUAGAUUCUCAGCCCCUACCCCAAAACCAACUUAAUUUGUCCUUUUGACUUCUCCAAUGACUUGACGUCUCUUCCACUACAUAUUGUCUGCUAAUGUGAACAAUAUAAAUCUUCAGGACCACCUCAAUGAACAAACUAGAAAUGUUUACUUUUGUGUUUAAUUUAAUUUUCCUAAAUGCUUCUGUGUCAUAUGUUACUCAUGGUGAAUCUUGCUUGACCGUGGUGCUCCGUCUGUAUGCACCUCUUCAGUCCUAAUAUACAAUACCUGUAGCCUGUAAUGCUUUAAAGAAAUAUCCAGAUAAGACUUGUGUUAGCUUUAUUUUACAUGAACAGAAAGUUAUGGUUUAUUGUAAAUAGUUUAAUUUUCCACAAUAUUGUAUGAGACAUUGAGGUAAUAAAGAAGUAAGAGAGCACUGUGUG